AUGUCUAUUGUAGAGGAACUGCCAUCAGAUGAGGAGUUGACAGUUCAACCAGAUCCUAAAGUUGUUGCAGAUACUGUGAGAAGUGUAGAUGUGGUGGAGUGUGAACGUUUAAAAAAGGAUGGGAAUGAAUUAUUCGGGAAAGGUUACGUGGAGGAAGCCCUGCAACUGUACCGUGAGGCCAUUAAGGUAGCACCCAUCAAACCACUGCGACAACAGAAGCAACGGAGACAAGGAGAAGAAGAAGAACAUCAACAAGACACACCGGCUGCAUCCUCAGGAAUAGAUUCCUCCCUUCCGAAUAGCAGCAACAGUAAGAAAGAUGAUGAACAGGAGGAACUCGAUAAGGCAGAGGAUGAUGGUGUAGAUUAUACCCUCACCUCACAGGUGUUCUGUAAUGCUGGGUUGUGCUUGUCGAAACUUGAAUUGUAUGAGGAAGCUGUGGAAAACUUAUCAGAAGCCAUACGUCAUAAUAAACAGUAUGUAAAGGCAUAUAUUCGUCGUGCAGAGUGUUAUUAUGCUCUUGAAAAAUGGUCUAACGCGUAUGGUGACUAUGAAGAGUAUGAGAAACUUGGUGGCACAUUAGACAGUGAAAGUCGAUCACACAAGGCGAGUGCGAAGGCCAAGGUGGAUGAGGAAAUGCAGAAAAUGCUGGGCGAUUUAAAGAAUUUAGGAAAUCGUUUUCUGGGCUAUUUUGGACUCUCUACUGACAAUUUCAAAUUUGAUAAGGAUCCCCAAACUGGAGGUUAUUCAAUGCGAUUUGAGAAUUCAUGA